AAUACGUUUCUAUCAUUAUUAGUCUGUCCGGGCGGAACCUACUGGUAGAUACUAUAUCUAUAUUACUGAUCUUCCUUUGUUGUACGACCUAAGCGCGUACUGUACCCCGCCGGGCCAAGACGCAAUGGUCGUUGAAACAAGACAGCAGUCCGGGCGCAAACGCCGGGUCGGUUCUGUCUCCGGUCCAGAGCCUCAACUCUCAGCUUCCACUCAACAAACGAUUCGUCAGUCCAAUAACUCUCAUGCCAUAGCUACUCCUUCCAAGAAUCGGCGACAGCCUAGAAAGAAGGUCCGCUUCUCCGAUCCAGGCCCUCAGCUACACGCCGGCUCGGACUAUGGAACUGGACUCACCCCCGCCAUGCUACGCACCUCCUUUGAAGAACGGGCGGAUAUAGAUCCUUUGACUAGCUCCCCAAGUCGCCGCUCGCGACGCCAUUCCACGCCACUUUGGAAGACCCGCUCUCAGCCUCACUCCCCGGCCUCCUCUUCGUCCGCCGGUGUGGAACAGGUGUUUCAAUUCACGCCACUUCGACAGCUUCUGGACUCACGGACGCAACGAAGAAUCCGGCGAGUUGGGUUGAGUGAUGAGAUCAACCAGUUGGAGCGCGAGAAGAGGGACGCAGCACGUUAUGAGCGAACCUUGCAGACAUUGCUGCGGGAACGUGACUCUUUGAAGCAAGAGCUGGAUUCGGUCAAGCGAAUCGAGCGCCUGCCGAAAGGUGUAUCGCUAGAACCGGCUGACGGACCCUCGUGCGAUUCCCCUCGGUCACUAGCCGAGCGUCUGGAGUCCGAGACUCAUCGAAUGAGACAGGAGCUAUCUUUUUCCAGAGAUGAUCUCGUAGACAGCUCCAGUGUGGCCAACACCGAGAACGACACGAUCAUCGUCAAUGAAAGCGGGUUUGACGGAGAAACGAUGCUUAUCUCGGACUCACCUGAUCUCAGAUCUCUAUGGAAAACUCCACGCUUUGGCAUAGAUGGUUGUGAACUCUUGCGAAGCGGGAGCCCGAAUGCGGAUGCGGAAACCCAAUUGUCUCUUCCUGACCAUGACUCAGAGGCAGAAAUCAAUGCCCUCUUCGCAGACCUUGAAACUGCUAGGAAAGAGAAACGCGCCCUGUUCGAAGCAUGCCGCUUUCGCAUUGCGUCCUUUGGUGGAACCACGCUUGAGCCUCAUCUUCAUCGGGCGUCCCCACCGCCAGAUUUCGUGGAUCAACUGAUACCAAGUCUGGCUGAGACCCUUGGUCGAGCUUCGGAUGCCACGCAGUCAUUAAAUUCUAUCAAAGAGGAGCUGUCAGAAUUGGGAUUUCCAGGAGUACAUGCCGAAGAGAUCAUUGCAGAUAUGCGCAAUCAGUUCCGCUCCGCACGCUUGCGUCUUGAACGAGCGAUUCCUGGAGAGACACCGAAUAUAGGCUUGAAUGACGGCUGCGCGACUCUUAGUGCUCUGAUCAAAAGAAUUGAGAUCCUGAUUAAAAACUUAGCAGAUGAGCGCGCAAGGGCUAUGGGAUCUAGUGAUAGGGAACGAGCCCUUCGUGUUCAAUUCGAUAAGCUCCUGGCUCGCUACGAAGAUGCGAGCAGGAAGAUCAGCGGCCUUGAAGAGUCUAUUGCCGGCUCUGCUAGCGACAUGCUCCAUACACGAAUGCGGAUGCAGGAGCUAGAAAAGGAAGGGGAGGAGCAAGCUGUAGGUAUUGACAGACUCAAUGCGGCGCUCAACAGGUAUCGCGAGGAGAUCAGGGGCCUAGAAACACUUGUCACGGAGUUAGAAUCAGAUAAAGUCACGAACAGCGACAUUUACAGUCAACAGGUGUCGAAGCUUCAACUGCAAGUCACAGAACAGGAAAACGCGCGUCGCGUCGCUGAAGGCACAGUUGCGGAGCGUGAAGCCCGCAUCCGCGAAUUGGAAGACACUGUUGAACAAAACCGUGCUCGAUCGUACCAACUGAGCGUCAGAGUGGAGGAGCUGGAGUUGGAGCGUCAGAAGGCAAUUGAAAGUCUCAAGCAGGAAGCGGCUGAGCAACUUGAACAAUGUGAGAAGGAAAUCGGAACCCUCAAUGUUGUCGUUGCAGAGCUCAACACCUCGCUCGCGGGUGCCAAGUCAGAGAUCGAUAGUUUACGGCGGAGCAACGUGGGCUUGGAGCACCAGCUGCAGCUUGAGACCGAAGCUAGGGAUACUCUUCUGGAGACAUGGGCUGCGGAGCAAGCACGCUCAUUUGCUCGAAUGAAAGAAACUGUCAGCAACGAACGCCGCAAGGCCAAGGUCCGAGCCGCCAAUUGGCAGCUUCAGUCUGAUGAACUGCAGUCGGAUAGUACCACACUGGGUAGCGAGCCUAUCACGCCGGUCAGCAUGACCAGAUUUAUCGAUGUGGAGGCCGGACGGGGCGAGCACCGUAAGCGUCUGGACAGUGGCAUUGGGAUUCUCACCGAUGAGCCCGAGGAGGAUGCAGCUGCGGGCGCGGAUAUGCAGAUGUUGCUGCCCUCGGACCCGGCUGACCUAUGAGCGUUGUCCAUUCACUACACUAUUUACAGCUAGACUAUGUACCGUCUGACUUGCAUGCGUGUACCAGUUCGGUUUUGGAUGAUACGAUCUGUGUUUUGGUCCUGUUUGGGUGUCUUGCUAAUGGGGUCUGGUUUUUGUUUCGGAAUAUAUCCUUUGCUCUCAUCUUGGCCACGUGUAAAACAUUUGAGUCAGACGCUGUGAGCCGUAGGCUUUGCAGGUCGUACGAGCUGGGAAUAACAUAGCGAUGAAUUAAGUAUUUUC